UCAAUCAAUCAAUCACACACAACAAGAUUCCAAAGCAAGACAAUGGAUGCUGUUAUUAGUGCCACCGUUCAAGCGACAGUGGAAAAGUUGCUUGCAUCCGCCACUUCAGAGUUGAGUCUGCUAUGGAAUUUCAAGAAAGACUUGAGAAAGUUAGGCAGAUCAUUGAAAAUGAUGGAUCUUGUCUUACAAGAUGCUGAGAAACGUGAAGUUACCGAUGAGGCUGUCAAACUCUGGCUCAAGAACCUUCGAGAUGUUACUUACGAUGCUGAUCAUGUCUUGGAUGAGAUCAAUUAUGAAAAUAUGCGUCAUAUGGUGGAGAUCCAAAGGCAGAAUAAGAUAAGGGGGUGCUUAAACAACUUUUCGUUUACUCCUCCUUUGGCGUUCCGAUGGAGAAUGGCUCGCAGGAUCAAGGACAUCAAUGACGACUUGAAAAUGAUCGCAGAUGAAGCUAAUACCUAUGGUUUCCAGAAAGUUGAGAAUUAUGCUCUCACUGUGCCUCGGGUCAGGGAAACCGAUAGCAUAACUGUUGAUUCAAAUGUCGUCGGAAGACAAGAUGAUGAAGCAGGAAUUUUGAAGCUGAUAAUCAACACGGACGACUUAGUUAUUUCAGUCCUUCCCAUAGUUGGAAUGGGAGGGCUUGGCAAGACAACCUUAGCUCGGUCAGUCUUCAACCAUCAGCACACGGAGAGUCAUUUCGCUAUUAGGAUUUGGGUAUGCGUUUCUGAAAAUUUCGAUGUGAUGACGCUUUUUAAAAGGAUUCUAGAGUCCUUAGGAGGAAAUUUUCAAGGAGCCAGCAGGCAAGUUAUUGUGGAUAAGCUUCGAGAGAAAUUGAAAGACAAAAGAUACUUGCUCAUUCUUGAUGAUCUGUGGAAUGAAAAUAUAGAAGUUUGGGAGGAUUUCAAAAAUACUAUGGCUGGAGUUAACACCAACAGAGGAAAUGUCAUCAUGGUGACUACACGUCAGAAACGUGUGGCAUCAAUUGUGAACACUUACAGAGAUCCAUACGAUUUGAAAUUAUUAAAGGAUGAUGAAUGCUGGUCUAUAAUCAAAGCAAGGACCUUUCGAGAUGAAGAAGUACCAGAACAAUUUGAGAAAGUUGGAAAGAAACUUGCAUGCAAAUGUGGAGGUCUACCAUUAGCAGCAAACAUGGUCGGUGGAACUUUGCAAGGAAAUGGAGUAGAUGACUGGGUUUCAGUUCUAGAGAUCGGGCUUUCAAAUCUUGAAGCAAAUGAAAAUUAUGCUAUUCAAGUCCUCAAAGUAAGCUUUGAUCGUUUAUCUUCUCCAUUACUUAAAAAAUGUUUUGCCUAUUGUUCAAUGUUUGUCAAGGAUUCAAUAAUACGGAGAGAUGAGUUGAUCCAACUCUGGAUGGCGGAAGGAUUUCUUCCCGAUAAUCGAGAAAAUAAUAUGGAGACUAUAGGCAAUACGUGUUUUAACAUUCUAUUGCAAAAUUCCUUCUUCCAAGAGGCCGAAAAGGAUGAGUUUGGAAAUAUCGAAUACUGCAAGAUGCAUGAUCUUGUGCAAGAUCUUGCAUGCUCAGUUUCAAAUUCAGAAAGCUUUAAUGCUGUGGAGCAUUCUGCUAAUGACAUUCCUAAAGUUAGAUACCUUGCAAUGGAAAUGCAUGAAAAGGAAAGACAAAUGUUUACAAAAGAGAAAGCAAGUUAUCUGCGCACGUUGUUCUCCGUUAGAAUCUCACAGGACAAAAUUUUGCCAUGGUUCAAGCACCUGCAUGUUCUAAAGCUAUUGGAUGUAUAUAUUGAAGAAUUGCCAACCUCAAUUUGCAAGUUGAUACAUUUGAGAUAUCUUGCGGCUACCCGUCUUCCAACCUUGCCAGAUUCUGUUUGCAAGCUCUACAAUUUGCAAACAUUAAGGCUUCCAGAUCUCAUUCAACGGCUUCCAGAAAAGCUAUGCGACUUGAGUAAUUUGAGACAUCUCUACCUUCCUCCUAGGAAUGAUCGUUUCCCGAUGCCGCCUAAACUCGGAAAGUUGUCUCAUCUUCAAACAUUACAGUUUUUCAGAGUGGGUGACAAGGAAGGUUGCCGAAUAGAAGAGCUAGGAUUUUUGAAGAAUCUUACGGGCAAACUGAAUAUAUUUAAUCUUGAGCUAGUGAAUGGCGUAGAAGAAGCUAAGAAGGCAGAUUUGGUUGGAAAGCUAAAGAUAUAUAAAUUAUGUCUAAAGUGGACAGAGUACGAUGAUAUGGAUGUCUCGGAAGGCAACAUUAACGAUAAAAGUGUCCUUGAAGGCCUCCAACCUCACCCGAAUUUGAAGAGCAUAACAAUUGAUGGGUUCAGAGGUACAAACUUCCCAUCAUGGACUAUGAGAAUGGAAGUAUUCCUUGAUGGCAGUGGUUGGUUGAAAUUUGAUAAAUUGAUCGAUGUCUCCUUCUAUAAUUGCAAGAAUUGUGAAGAAAUUCCCAUGUUUGGUCACCUGCCACUCCUCAAAUAUCUUACCUUAGCCCAUUUGACUAACGUAAGAUCCAUAGGUCCUUCAUUCUACGGUGGCCAAGAGACAAGAGUAAUGUUCCCAGCACUUGAAAGACUCAUUCUAGAAGACAUGCCAAAUCUAACAGAGUGGGUGGAAGCAGAAUUGAUGACAGUGGCAGAAACACGAGCGUGCAGAGAGCAGGUAUUUCCUUGCCUUGAAGAUUUGGUGAUUCGAAAUUGCCCCAAAUUGAAUACUUCUCCGAGUCAUUUCCCUUGCUUGAAAAACUUGGUGAUUGAUACUAUCGAUAGUGAUUCUCUGUUGACAAAGAUUUUGGGUAGCAGCAACCUAACGUCUUUGGAAAAGCUCAUGAUCAGCAAUAUAUCAACACUCACUUGUCUUUCCCACAUGAAAGGCUGCCGAAAAUAUCUUCGAGAGUUGAAUAUUCAAAAUUGUGACAAAUUGAGUGAAUUAACUGAUGAUAUACACAGCUUCCAGUCUCUUAAAUCUUUGACAAUAACUGGAUGUCGAAGUCUGAAAUCAAUUUCAAAUCAAAGUGGACGAGAAGGUCCCCUCUCUCUUGUAAAGUUGGAAAUUGCUAACUGCUUAGAGCUGAGAUGCCUACCAAGUGAAAUGAUUGAGUCCUUCAGGUGUCUGGAGUAUCUACGCGUGGCUCGAUGUUUAGAACUUAUUUCUUGUGCGAUAGAUUUGGAGAAAUUGCCUUGUAUCUCAGAGUUGCACAUAUACAAUUGUCCUGAAUUGAGGAGUUUGCCCAAGAGAAUUGGACAUCUUAGCAGCUUAAGAGAAUUGUGGAUUGGCGGAUUCUCAGAUUCACUUGAUUACAGUUCAUUCCAAGCUACUCUCGAUGGCAUACAACAGUUACAACAUAUCCAGAAAUUAUGUUUAUAUGGUUUGCCACAUUGGGACUCAUUGCCAUAUUUACUUCAGCAUCUCACUUCGCUCCGAUAUUUAAUAUUAAAAAGAUUUGGAAUUGAAGCACUGCCAGAAUGGUUUGGGGGUCUGUCAUCCCUGGAAGAAAUACAUUUGUAUGAGCUAGAAAAGCUUAGAAAUAUGCCCUCUAAGGAAGCAAUGCAACGCCUCACCAAGCUAAAAUCUUUAUAUAUUUCACAGUGCCCAUUGUUUGAUAAGUUUAUGGAAGAAAGAGGCCCUGAUUCUGAAAGGUCAAAGAUUUCACAUAUUCUGAUCAUGUUUCGAGACCAAUUUGAUCCAAAUUGGCUUAUAUAGUUGUAAAAAGAGUCAGCAAGAAGAUGGAGGGGAAUGUAUGCAGAUGUGGUUCCCCAGUGCAGAUGAAGACCUUGUGGACGAACUUGAACUCGGAAGGAAGAUUUCUCACUUGUCCUCGAAGCCAAGAUGUGGGUGGAUGCACCUUCUUUAUGUGGUCUGACCCUCCGAUGUGUGAGAGAUCGAAGGAACUGAUUCCUGGUCUAUUACGAGCUAGGAGGGAAAUGGAAGCUGAAAUCGACACCCUUCAAGCAACAAGACCAAAUGUGUGGAAGAUCUGGUUCUUCGGCUUUAUGUGUGGAGUGUUUGCAAAAUGGGUUGGUUCCUAGGUAUGUAGGGUCAGAUUGUAGGAUUUUAGUUUUUGUUCCAGAAAUUUGAGCUUAGGGUUUCGAAAUGGAGCCAUGUGCUAGAUGUUGUAAAAUGCAUAUGUAAAAAAGGAAAAUUUGUGUUGUACAUUUUGACUUGAAAUUUAACGAUAUUUUCCUGGCCUCUA